CCGGCAGCUGCCUCGGGCCUGGGCCGCUGUGGUCAAGGCCUGGAGCUGGCGGAGCUGACCUGCGGGGCAACGCACGGAGCCCAAGGCGCUGAGCCCGGGAACCUCAAGCACACACUCAAUUCCCAGAAAAGGAACUAGUGUUCAGAAGCCAAAAAGGGGGAAGUGUUUUGUUUUCAGAAGGUCAAGGGCCCUGGAAGACGAGCUUGCGGGCUGAGCGUCUCACGCCUUUCUGGGGAGUGAUCAGGCUUGAACCAUCUGUCACAUUCCCGACUUCGUGAGUUCACAGCACCAAGGGGCGGGGAAAAGAACUUCCGUUUCUCUCCCACAAUGUGGAGACGCCAAUGAACUUUAAGCUGUAUUUCCUCAUCCGUCAGCCGAGCGGAGCCGGCGGACGCGGCAGGGCCCCCGAGCCUCCCCGGGCCAUGGCCGGCAACGUGAAGAAGAGCUCCGGGGCCGGGGGCGGCGGCGGCUCCGGGGGCUCGGGCGGCCUCAUCGGGCUCAUGAAGGACGCCUUCCAGCCGCACCACCACCACCACCACCUCAGCCCCCACCCGCCCGGCACCGUGGACAAGAAGAUGGUGGAGAAGUGCUGGAAGCUCAUGGACAAGGUGGUGCGGUUGUGUCAGAACCCAAAGCUGGCGCUAAAGAAUAGCCCACCUUAUAUCUUAGACCUGCUGCCAGAUACCUACCAGCAUCUCCGCACUAUCUUGUCAAGAUAUGAGGGGAAGAUGGAGACACUUGGAGAAAAUGAGUAUUUUAGGGUGUUCAUGGAGAAUUUGAUGAAGAAAACUAAGCAGACCAUAAGCCUCUUCAAGGAGGGGAAAGAAAGAAUGUAUGAGGAGAAUUCUCAGCCUAGGCGAAACCUAACCAAAUUGUCCCUGAUCUUCAGCCACAUGCUGGCAGAACUAAAAGGAAUCUUUCCAAGUGGACUCUUUCAAGGAGACACAUUUCGGAUUACUAAAGCAGAUGCUGCAGAAUUUUGGAGGAAAGCUUUUGGGGAAAAGACAAUCGUCCCUUGGAAGAGUUUCCGCCAGGCCCUUCAUGAAGUGCAUCCCAUCAGUUCUGGGCUCGAGGCCAUGGCUCUGAAAUCCACUAUUGAUCUGACCUGCAAUGAUUAUAUUUCUGUUUUUGAAUUUGACAUCUUCACACGACUCUUUCAGCCCUGGUCCUCUUUGCUCAGGAACUGGAACAGUCUUGCUGUAACUCAUCCUGGUUACAUGGCUUUCCUGACGUAUGAUGAAGUGAAAGCUCGGCUCCAGAAGUUCAUUCACAAACCUGGCAGUUACAUUUUCCGGUUGAGCUGUACUCGUUUGGGACAGUGGGCUAUUGGGUAUGUCACUGCUGAUGGGAACAUCCUCCAGACGAUCCCUCACAAUAAACCUCUCUUCCAAGCCCUGAUUGACGGCUUCAGGGAAGGCUUCUAUUUGUUUCCAGAUGGACGGAAUCAGAAUCCUGACCUGACAGGCCUAUGUGAACCAACUCCCCAAGACCACAUCAAAGUGACCCAGGAACAAUAUGAAUUAUACUGUGAGAUGGGCUCCACCUUCCAACUGUGUAAAAUAUGUGCUGAGAACGAUAAGGAUGUGAAAAUUGAGCCCUGUGGACACCUCAUGUGCACAUCCUGUCUUACAUCCUGGCAGGAAUCAGAAGGCCAAGGCUGCCCUUUCUGCCGAUGUGAAAUUAAAGGUACUGAGCCCAUUGUGGUAGAUCCGUUUGACCCUCGAGGAAGUGGCAGCCUACUGAGGCAAGGAGCUGAGGGAGCUCCCUCCCCAAAUUAUGAAGAUGAUGACGAUGAACGAGCUGAUGAUUCUCUCUUUAUGAUGAAGGAACUGGCUGGUGCCAAGGUGGAACGGCCUCCUUCUCCGUUCUCGAUGGCCCCACAGGCUCCCCUGCCCCCAGUACCACCACGUCUUGACCUCCUACAACAGCGAGUGUCUGUUCCUUCUAGUGCUUCUGGUCUUGGAACUGCUUCUAAGGUAGCUUCUGGCUCCCUUCAUAAGGACAAACCAUUACCAAUACCCCCCACACUUCGAGAUCUUCCACCACCACCCCCUCCAGACCGACCAUAUUCUGUUGGAACAGACACCCGGCCUCAGAGACGUCCCUUGCCUUGUACACCGGGCGACUGUCCAUCCAGGGACAAACUGCCACCUGUUCCCUCUAGCCGUCUCGGGGAAUCAUGGCUGCCUCGGCCAAUCCCCAAAGUACCAGUGGUUGCUCCAAACUCGAGUGACCCCUGGACCUCUGGUAGAGAAUUAACCAACAGGCACUCACUUCCAUUUUCAUUGCCCUCACAAAUGGAACCCAGAACAGAUGUGCCUAGGCUUGGAGGCACAUUCAAUGUGGAUACUUCCAUGAAUGUGAAUAACAGCCCACUAGCAAGUUCUGAGUGUGAGCACCCCAAAAUCAAACCUUCCGCAUCUGCCAAUGCCAUUUAUUCUCUGGCUGCCAGGCCUCUUCCUGUGCCAAAGCUGCCCCCUGGGGAGCAGUGUGAAGGUGAGGAGGACACAGAGUAUAUGACCCCCUCCUCUAGACCUCUAGGGCUUCCAAAGCCAGAUGGGAAACGGCCUUUGGAGACAACCCAGAGUUCACGAGCAUGUGAUUGUGACCAGCAGAUCGAUAGCUGCACAUAUGAAGCAAUGUAUAAUAUUCAGUCCCAAGCGACACCAUCUGUCACAGAGAGCAGCACCUUUGGUGAAGGGAGUCUGGCUGCAGCCCACAUCAGCACCGGCCCCGAGGAAUCAGAAAAUGAGGAGGACGGGUAUGAUGUCCCUAAGCCGCCCAUGCCAGCAGUGCUGGCCCGCCGGACUCUCUCAGACAUCUCCAAUGCCAGUUCCUCCUUUGGCUGGUUGUCUCUGGAAGGCGAUCCCACCACAAACUUCACUGAGGGUUCCCAAGUUCCUGAAAGGCCUCCCAAACCGUUCCCUCGGAGAAUCAACUCUGAACGAAAAGCAGGCAGCUGUCAGCAGGGUGGUGCCGCUGCUGCCUCACCACAGCUCUCCAGUGAGAUUGAGAACCUCCUGAGCCAGGGAUACUCCUACCAGGACAUUCAGAAAGCUCUGGUCAUUGCCCACAACAACAUUGAAAUGGCCAAGAACAUCCUCCGGGAAUUUGUUUCUAUCUCUUCUCCCGCCCACGUAGCCACCUAGCACACCUCUCCCUGCUGCGGCAUCAGAGGACCAGUGAGCCGGGCACUCUUCCCUGGGGGACGACUCAAAGGGGAGAGGUUCCUUUGGAGACUUCACAGUGAAGUCUUGCCCUCUCUGUGAGGAUUCCACUUCUGUGGUUCCCAGAUUUCAAAGCAGUGGAAUGAACAUGGAGCAGCUAGUGUGUUUUAUUAUUUUAUUUGUUUUGAUAGUGGAUUUGAAGGUGUCCUUCAGUCCCCACUUAGAGUGUGGAUUUUUAUUAAAUGGUAGCUACCUGGGGAACAGUCUAGAAAGCAGUGGGAGAAGUAUUGUGCUGUAAAUCCUCACUGGGGACUUGAGACUUCUUCCUUGGGUUAAGGAUGUGGUUGUGUGUGUGUGUGUGUGUGUGUCUGUCUGUGGUGGCGUGUUUCCUGUGAUUAUAAGAUGAACCUGCUGUGUGUGUUAAUCCCGGGCAGGGAAUUAGCACAAGAGGUGUAGGAAGGAAUUGUCUAAAAACUUCCAUCUACUGUGGUAUGAUACUCAACCCCGGCGUGUAGUACAACUUCAACACUCCCCUACAGCUUGGAUUACCAUGUGCAUAGCUCGAGUCUUGUAUUUUUAGAACACCCUCCCUGUGUCCUGUCCCCUGCCGCCUCCUCAGUGUCUAUCAUUGGCAGUGGGCUUGCUCUGACCAGGCUUACUGAGGCCAAGUGGCUUAUAGGAUGUUCUUUAUUAUGUGUGAUGGUGUUGGUUUGUUUGGUAGAUAGGUCGGGGAAAAAGAAAAGUACUGUUGCUGUAUCAUUGUAGUCAUGUUUGAUCCUAGCAGCUAACACUGGUCACUCCAAAGCACUGUUUCUAUAGGAACAUUGAAUCUGUUAAAAUAAGAUGUUUUAAUUAUCCUAAUUGCAUAAUGACUGGUUUGAGAUAGAGGCCUUCAAAUACAUUCCAUGCUCUCCCCAGAAGAUAGUCUGUGGGAGUCCGUUGCCUUGGUGCCAGGUAUGUGUUCUAAUGUAGGUCAUGAGUUUUUCUACUACUUAAUGGGAAGGGAAGAACAUUUUCUCCAGCAUGGCUUUCUGGCCUGAAUACCACAAAACUUUAGGAAGCUUCAUUGACAUACUCUUUACCUUGUUUUUGCAGAAGAUGCACGAAAUAGCCAGUCAGGAUCUGUUUGGUUUUUCUUCCCGGUGAGUUAAUUCCAGCUUGUCUGGGUGUCUCCCUUUGAACAAGAGCCAGGUUAUAGUUUCAGAAGAGGUUUUUUUUUCUUUGCCCUUGAAGAACAAGGAGGAUACCACCCAUGGUAGCACAAGCAUUUGGCUGAUAAUUAGCACUGUCCUGCAUUGAUGCCACCCAACGACUUGGGUUUCGCCUGUGCCUGUGGCUUGGAGCAUCUCCUCCCUCUCCCUUUCACCGUUGUGCUCUCUACUCUUCCCUAACCGCAUUCUCCACAGUAAUUAGACAUCAUGGUGUGUGACAAAUGACUUGACUGUCAUCAGACAGGAUGCAAAAAGCCUAGCUGUGUGCGUGGUUGCAGGUUGGUAAGGUCUGGUGUAGGGCACCCAUGAGUCGGUUCCUAUAGAUGCUGCAAAGUGACCCCUCGUCAGCACGCUGUCUGGUCUUUGCUCACUUUCCUUGCAGGCCGUACCCUCCCGCUUGUCAGAAACAAGCUUACACUUUGAUAAAUCUCCCCUCAAAAUCUAAACCAUGCUUUUGUCUUUUUUUUUAAUUUAUUUUUAUUUUUUGCUUUUGUUUUUAGAUGCAGACAGAAACAAAUCUCUUUAGGUCCGUGUUCUUUCCCAUCUUUUUCAUCUGUGGAACUAAAACUUUUUCUGACUCUUCUCUUGGCUUUUAGCUGUUCCUGGACCUUUUGGCUUUAUGCCUCAGAGCCAUUUACCUUCCCAAGGUAGAUGACACAGGAUUGCUUGUUGAUUUGCCACGGUUCCCCCAGGGUCUGCUCUACCUGGUGGCGAACAGCACAGCUCACCAUCAGGUGCAAGAGGUCCUGCCUGGGUGCCGCUGGAAGCUGGGAUGGUGGCAGUGAAUGGGAAGCAGUAACCUAGCAUCUCCUUCUAAAAGCCAGUAUGGAUAGUGUUGCAUUUGUGUUAACAUUCAUUUUGUGUUUUGUUUAGAUGCUGAAGACCCAGACAAAGAACUAGAUAAAAUGGCAGCAUUUUCCACGCCUUGUCCACACUGAAAAUUUUCCUUGUCUGGAGACAUUGUCCAUAGCCUGAAGAUAUGUCAAGAGAACAGAGCACCUGUUCUGCCUCUCUCUCACCUAUUCAGUGUAUCCCAAGUCUUCUUUGGAAAUUCUGUCCUUACUUACACAGGCUAAGGGCAAGUUCAUCCCUUUUUUCCUAAUGGAGUACCCAUGUGGCUCCUGGGGCAUCCCAGCGUUGGCCGCACACAUCAGUGACUGCCUUGGUCAUUGGCCUGUCAGCUGCGUGUCUAUGGGCUUUCCAGGUGUCAGACCAUUCUGUGAGGUUUGCCCCUGUUGGGUGCUUAAAGCUCGUUCCAGGCCUCAGACUGCCAGCAGAGUAGCUUCAGGGAGGCUUUCCACAUGGGCAUUUGUUUUGAGGGUACUUCCAAAACCUUAAUUGCUUAAAUUUUCCUUGAACUGGGGCACAAAUAACUCCUUCCCCUCCAUAUAGUUGUAUGGUAGUUUUUCCUUCCUAGGCUCUGCUCUGAAUUUAGUAUGGCUCUUUCAGAAGUGGGCUCUGAGCCUUGCAAUUCUAGGGAAACACUGCUCCUCUCUCUUCUUCCAAAUCACAAGUGGUUCCUUCUCUGAUAACUUCCCAGGUGGAUAAGAUAAAAGCCACUUUGACAUUUUCUUGAAUGCGUUAGGCAUUCAAUCUUCAAUCCUGUCUCCUGCUUUCCCUCUGUCUGGCUUGCUCUGUGCAGCCUGCCUCAUCGUCUCGGUGGCUGCCUUGCAGUAGGGAGUCCACUGCCUCAGCCAUGCUCCUCCCACUCAAGUCAGGGGUUCUCAAAGUGGAAAAACCUGCGGGCUCUGUGAUAUACCUCCCUUGAAGAAAUGAAGAGAUGGGGCAGUUUCUCAUCUCAGCGUUUACCUGUUACUGUUUAUGUAAAUAGCAAUGUGUACCUGUGGAUGGCCAUGGUCUUCCCCUGGCCCCAGCCCUACACACUUUACUCUUCUGUUCUCUUACCCACACACACCAGGGCCCAGGAUGGGGGAGAGUACUGUUAGUAUCAGUUAGCUGUCUUGUGGAUUAAAAUGGGGGGGUGGGGAGGGUGGUCACUGUUCUUCAUACUUCAAGUAUUUAUUUCCUCUGUAGAAAAGUAAACUGUAAUUCAUGGUCCAAACAGCAAAUGUACAAAUGAUAAUUUCUGUAAAUUUGCUAGCAUAGUAGGGACCAAGCUCUGUAUUCUCUUUCAGGCACCCUUAACAAGGUCGACACCUGUCUGUGGAUGGUUGGUGCAGGUGUCGACGCAGAAUAUUCUCCUACCUCACGUCAGACAGUCAGGGUUAUAAGCCUUCUUCCUAAGCUGCAGCUUCCCCUUUCUGCCAUUGCCUUUCUACCUUUGAUGACCGCUGCCCAGGGGAGAAUGGUUUUCUGACUAUUGGCCUGACUGUGUACCAAUUAGCUUGCUCAUUCAGCAAUUGUUGAUGAGUUGUUCCCAUGUGCCGUAAGUGCCAGCCCCAAGUUCUUCCCUACCACCACAUGGUGCUGGUAGAUUGCACUUGGGCCGCCUGGCACUUGCAUUUGGCCCUAAAAUUGCCCUUCCCAAAAAGAUUGCUCAGUGUGUAUUCCUUAUAGAGCUGUCCUGGGUAAAAUCCCUGCAGGGCUUUUCCGUUAACUCCUGUUGUCUUCCUAGAGCUUUGAUGAUGUCUGGGAGAUUGCGCAUGUCAGUCUCGUGGGUACCCUGCCAUCUUGGAUGCAUCUCAGUGGAAUCUGGGGGGUGGGUUGAGGCUCAUGUUGGCUCAGAGUUGCAUAGUGGGGCAGUUAAAUGUUUAAGCAGAGCAUUUGCCCACAGUCCCCUCUCCAGUCCAGUGCCUUCCUUGAUCUUUUUACUGAGCUUCUUGAGUCCUUACUCCCCCUUGUUGUGAAGUUUCCUUGUCACCUUCCUCGGACCUGUCACUAUCUCCCAUUCUCUUUGGGACUUGUUUUCCAAGUCUUUCAACAAUCUUUGCAGCUACUCCCGUGCCCUAGAAGGGCUGAAGGUGUGGGGGACGGAUGGAUACCUAUUGUUGGGUCCUGGUCUUUAACAGAUUUCUAUGGUCUCCCAAGAGCUGGGCACUAAAAUAGAUGGACCUUCAUCACUUCUCAGAAAUGCCAGCCUUUCCCUCCCUGGGCAGGGAGCUUAGGAUGACCCUAGGACUUUGCAUCAGGGAGCACAUGUUACUGUUCUCCUGCUAGACUUGCAGACUUUAGAAAUUCAAUCUGAAGUAUUCUAAGUCAUCGUGGAGUGGUACCAGCACCACUUUGACUUCAGCCUGUGUUCACAGUCUUUCUUUAGAUACUCCUCAAGCCAUUGAAUACAUGGAGGAGGGUGCACAGUGGAAAGAGGUUACAGUUUUUUAUCUUUGACUGUCUUGUUUAGGAAUCCUUUAGGUGCAAGAAAUAGGCGUUCAGGCUAAAGAAAGGAGGAAACCAUGAGGAUGCAGGUAUUUUACAGAUUCCAGUUAUAGGAAGUAACAGUGGAUUCUCACAUGGAGCUGGGACUGUCAAAAUUUGCACCAGUCCUUUCUCCCUCUUGUCAUAUACAGCCCCAGACUAGACACCCCAGUCCAUAGGUCCACAUUACCUCCCGGCUCUUGGGAUCAUCCUACACAGAUUCCCCGUACCUCUUAGUCAUAUUCUCAAGAAAAUACAUGCUCAGCCCAGCACCUUGCUCGGGUGUCUGCCCCUGAUUGGUCAGCCUGGGCACAGGGGUGGCAGUGGUGUGCUCCCUCUGGCGGGGGGUGGAGGAGGGCUCUCAGAGAAGAGGCUUUUUAGAUGGGACAGAUACCCUACAAGUAUUUUAGGAGCAAAACUGUAGUACUGGCCCCCCUCCCCCCCCCUUUUUUUUUUUUUGAGAAUGGAAAGGCAGGCAUGGGACUAUAUCUGGGAUAUUGAAGAAAUUGUUAGGUUUCACCUAAUUCGGGUUUCUGUCAUCUUUGUUUUAUUUCCUGUUUUAAUUCCCUUUAUCGGUCUUGGCAUCCAAGAUUUCUUCCCUCCCUCUUCAGGACCAGUUUCUCCUGUUGUGGAGCUAGUCUAUUCUUAGGUGACAUUUCUUCGCCUUCAUUCAAUCUCAGGUUUUUAGCCUCCUUUCAUAUUACUUGGAGAGCAGGUCCCAGAUUCCACCGCCCAUGGACUUCUGGGCUCUCUUCAGGUUUUAGCGCUGAAAAUAUAUUCAUUCUGGGGGCGCAUGGCCCAUGGCCCUCCCUGCCCUCCUCACCCUUCCUGGUCUUUGCUGCGUGAGGAGAGCUCUGCGGUAAUAUUCCUAGGCUGGCCUUCCGAGGUCCCUCAGAAACUACUUCCCUGUAGCCAGCAGGAAUAUAGAAUAGUUGGGACAGUUGCCAGGAUAUAAAUUAGAUGUGGACUCCAGUUUAAAGGAGAGUUUUGACUGAGAGCCCUUUAGACCGGAAACCCUGGUCUUGCCUGUCCCCUUGCUUUUUUAAUAGUCCUGUAUCAAAGCCUGUGUGUUUUUGAUUUUUUAAAAACUGCUUCUGCCUGCCUAAGUGUUUUGAUCUUACUUACCUCAUCCUAGGGUCUGUCCCAUGUUAUUAAGGCAUUUCAUAAUCACUUGUAACUUUUUUAAGCUCUUGGAGUCGUUUGGAAUACACAGAAGGAACCUAGUAAUCCAAAGAUACACAUUUUGAGGCACAGGAGGAAGGGUGGGUUGUUAGCCUUUGCAUUUGAUAUUCUGGACUCGGCUCCAGAAUUAAGGAGCAGAGGGACAGCAGCAGCACUGUGUGCCUCUGUGUCCUAGGAGAUCUGGGUUGGUUUCAAAGGGGGAGGGGGGCGGGUAAGUGUUUUUUUGGCUCUAAAAGGUAGCACCAGAGUAUGAGGUGGGGGACAUAGGGAUGGGGCCGUGUGGAGGCUCAUUUGCAUUGAGAUGGGAAAGUCAAAGAGCCCUUCUGAAGGGCCAGCUGUUCACCAGGAGUAACAGCUGUCUGGAGAUCUCCCUGCCCCUUCCCUUGUGUAGUGCUUGAGAAAAAUGUGGUGGACCACUCCCUCAUUUUGUACAGAGCAAAGGCUGAAAGCCAGCCUCAGCCCUUCUCCUGAUUAGGCAGCCAGACAGAUCAGCAGAGCUGUGCUUACCCGGCUCCGUAUUCCCGACUGCUUCCUAAAAUGAACAUGAGAGGCACCUCUGGAUUGCCUCUCACAAAUUCUCCUUCCGCCCCUGAACCACACUGGGAGUCCAGAGAGUGGGGUGGCUCAGGAGUUGCACGUGGCAAGUGACUUGCAACUCCUCAGGCCUUGCCCCGCUUCCCGCUCAGCAGGGGGGGGCAGGUACUGGGUGCGGGCCAGACUGUGUGCUCAAAGUUAGUGCUCUUCUGUACAUGCGUGUCACUGUGCCCCGUGUGUCCAUUCCCUCCUCCCUACCUACCUCUGACCCUGUUAGGGGUGAGGGUAGCCAUGCUCGUGGCUUCUGGAAACUGAAGAGGCAGAGAACUACUUAUGAGUCUGUAGACCACGUGUUUUCUCUUCCUUGGCUUCCUCCUCCUGCUGUCUGGGUGAGCCUGUAGGCACAGUGCCCAUGAGAGUGGAUGCCUCCUGACCUACCCGUCUCAGUGUCUUGGCCUUGACCUCCUGCUGAAACAUGUGGUAGGGGCAUGGCAGCUAUUAGGUACCUCCUACAUUUGCUUUCUGGCUGUGGUGACUUGGGAUUUUUAACCUUAUAUAUCUUUUUCCUUUAUUCAAAACAGAACAAUUUUUAGCACACUGAAAAAAAAAAAAAAGCCAAACAUUUUGUGCCUUUCUAAGGCAGCACUGUAUCCCAGGCUGCAUUUUAGGACUUAA